CUCAAGUUCCGUCCUGGCUUCGACCGGCCUCCGCGACCGCUGAAAGUACAGAUUCAACAACAGAGAGAUGGGAACACCCCCAUCAUCGACGAGAAACCUUCAAGUCGGUGUCUGGCAUCACCCGGCGCCGCGGUGCCAUACGCCACCAGAAGGUCCACAGCGUCAAGGGACACAAGUUCGUGGAGUUCUUCAGGCAGCCGACCUUCUGCGCCUUCUGCGGGGACUUCCUCUGGGGCUUUGGAAAACAAGGGUACCAGUGUCAAAUGUGCCAGUGCGCCGUCCACAAGAAGUGCCAUGACAAAAUCUUGGGGAAAUGUCCAGGUUCUGGCAAGGAAUCGCAACAGACGAUAUACUUGCGAGAACGGUUCAAGAUCAACGUUCCUCAUCGGUUCCAGGUGCACAACUACAUGUCACCGACCUUCUGUGACCACUGCGGUUCUCUCCUGUGGGGCGUUAUCAAGCAAGGGCUCAAGUGUGAGGUAUGCGGGACCAACUGCCACAAGAAGUGCGAAAGACAGAUGCCAAACCUCUGCGGUGUCAAUCAGAAGCUGUUGGCAGAGGCUUUGUCUUCAGUCAAGAAAGGAGGAAGCACCGACGGAACGACACGCACCCUCCCUUCCUCGGCCAAAGGCUCCGUGUCCGGUCCAAGCCGAGACCACAGAGGAGGAGACCGGAAAACGGACACGGAGACAGCGAAUUCUUUGGCCCGCCUGAAAUCCGGUCGCCGCUCCGGACCGCGGCCCAAGCUCAAAGCGGACACAACAUCAACGAAUUCAAUUCAUUCAGGUUCGGCAAGGGGAGUUACGGCGCAAGUCUCGUCCUCCACCUCGUCACCACCUUAUCUCGUCCUCCUGCUCCUCCUCCAGGUCAUGCUAGCGCAGCAGAAGGACACCGAGAACUACUUCGCCGUCAAGUGCCUGAAGAAGGACGUGGUCCUCGAGGACAACGACGUGGAAUGCACACUGAUCGAGCGGAAGGUGCUGAGCCUCGGAACCAAGCAUCCCUAUCUGUGUCAUCUCUUCUGCACUUUCCAGACUCCGGUGAGACUCUUCUGGCUCAUAUGCAACGAGGAGCCCUUCUACCCGAAGUUCCUGUCGCGGGAAGCUACCAGUAUACUGAAGCAGUUGCUGGACAAGGACUCGACACGGCGACUGGGCAUCCCCUUCAGCCCCUACGGAGAGAUCAAGGUCCACCCUUUCUUCAAGUACAUCGACUGGAACAAGAUUGAGGUGAAGGGAGUCGAGACGCCGUACAAACCCCGAUUGAGACACAUCCUGGACGUGCAGUACUUCGACCCCCUCUUCACCAAACGGCAGGCGGCCAUCACGCCCCUGGACGAGAGUAUCCUGUCGACGAUGGACCAAACCGCCUUCAAGGAUUUCUCUUACACGAACCCAAACAUCACCGACUGAUCGUUCGACUAAGACCACGAACGGAGGGUUUUUAGAUUUCUCUUUCUCUCUCUCUCUUAGGGAAGGAAUGGGGGGGCGGAGAGUGGCCAUUCUGUUUUUCUUUUUGGUUUCCCGUUUUUUUUUAGAAGGAGAAUUGGGAAAAAAGUGGGAAGGGGACGAUGAGGCGGUCUUGGUGGAGGCAGAUGGUCGUCUCUCUCUCUCUCUCUUUCCUCCGCGGCGUCUUCUGAGAAGGUCGGCGUCUAGGAAGAAGGCCUCUAGUGUCUUCUAGGGUUUUCUUGUUUUCUUCUGUCAGUGGCGAUUACGUGUACGCAUUCUCUCAUCGUUAUCGGUUGGAAGUUGUCAAGGGGGAGGAGAACGUAACAGCAACUUUUAAUGAUGUUCGAGAUGAAACUUGGACGUUGUUUCAUUACUUCUACGCUUGAGUUCCUAGUUAUUUAUUAUCUGAUUCGUUCUGUUUCAGUUACGAUUCUUUCCACUUUUUGGACUAAUGAACGGUUAUUCUGUGAGAACAGAGGACGGAGUUUGUUUCGUGUCGAAGACCAGGAAGGGCCGGGUCGUCCCUGUCCCUCUUCCUCACUCGCCAGGGCCUCCCGCCUGCACAAACGAGCCUCUCAGAUUUACGCAGCAACGGUGCAACUGCAUUCGAAAUCCCAUAUUUUCGAUCAAAAUCCGAGACACCGUUUCGAAGUCUCGCUUAAGAACAGCCAUCCGUCUGAAUCCACUUUUUGAGUUCCUGGAGUUUCGGGUCUAUCGUUAUAGAGGCUUUUUUUUUUCUUGAUCUUUUCAUUUUUUAUUUUCGCUUGAGUGUUUCUGUGCUGAGCCUCCUCGUGAAUCAAGACUCUCCAUUCGUAGGCCUAUGCUCUCCGGGGGGGAUGUCACCGCCUCGGAACACACGCCCAUCUUCGCACCUCUUUCCUCUCUCGUCGCUGACUGGGAAAAUACUCUUACCACUUUUUUUCCCCCCGACGUCGAUGACGCUAAGGUCGUCGAACUCCCGCGCGGCGAAGGGGAAGAGGAAUCGCCUGAAGAGCCACAGAAGGAGGAAAAGACCCGCUUCCCCGUCACAGGAGGGACACACAGGGCUCCCUUCCUUACAGAUAGAGGAGGGCAAACGCCUGACAUUUUCCCCUUUCGAGACUGGAGAGAGUAACAGCUUUGAUAAAGGCAAAAACUCGUGGUUCUUUACAGAGGCGUUUUUGGUGUCCAGCUUCCCUUAAAAACAAACAAACAAACAAAAAAAAGCAAGGGAAUGCUAGGAGAAUCUGAAGGCCAUUGAUAUGAAUAUGGAUGAUAAUUAUAUAUGCAAACUUCCACUUGGUGAUACUCAGACUUAUAUAUUUUUUCCCCUCCAUGCUGGUUCAACUUUUCCUACGACAGAAAAAGAAGAAACAGUAAUAUGUAUAUAUAUAAACAUCUGCUUUUUCGAAAAAACACAACAAAAACAC